AUGAAAUUCACGCAAGAAGUUGUCAAUUACCUUCGGGAAGUCCGUGAAGGGAGUGGAGAGGGGAGAGAGGUGCGAAGAGACCCAGCGGGCAGGCAGCUUAAGGACCCCCGAUCUAGAGUAUUACCGACCUAUAAGCCUGUUAUCAGUCAGUUACACUCACCUCCUCAACAUUGGUUUUCAAAUGAUGUUAACAAAAGAUUAAAGUUUGAAUGUUUGAAAUUCGAAACCAAAGUCAGAUUUCUGACUAAUGGAUCAGGAACAUGGACUGCAACCAAAUUACUUGAGAGGAAACUAUUAAGUGCUCAGAGACGGAUGAACUUGACAACUCUUGACAGGAUCCUCCGCCUCCCAGGCAGACCAAAAUGUCCUGCAACUGAUAACUGGCAACCUUGUGAUUGGAUGACAGACUAUAUAAACCCAGGGAACCCGCUGGAGGUCCUGAAGUCUCGCCCGCUCCGCCCAACGAUGAAAACCCUUCUAUUAGCCUCUCUCCUGGUGCUAGCAUCAGGUGCCAAAUUAGGUAACCUUGUUGGCUCGGAUGCUAGGGAACAGCUCUUUGAACGCACCCCAAACAACAACCUCAUCCAGAUCAAGUAUGGAGCCACUCAAGGAACUUCCUUCUCAAACAGUCAGCUGAGCUCAGGUCUUACUAGUGGUCAACAGUCUUUCUCCAGCAGUCAGCAGGGCUCCAAUUUCCAAAGAGGCCAGCAGAGCUCCUCUUUCUCCAACAAUCAGCAAGAAGUUGGUUUCUCUGGCAGCCAACAGGGAUCUAAUUUCCCUAGCUUUCUAAGUGCUCAGCAAGGAUCUAGUUUCCCAAGCAGUCAGCAGGGCUCUAGUUUCUCAAGCAGUCAAAGAGGAUCUAGUGCUUUCGGCAGUCAACAAGGAUCCAGUUUCUCAAACAAUCAACAGGGGUCCAGCUCUCUCAGCUUCCCUGGCUCUCAGCCGAGUUCCAGCUUUACUGCAGGUCUGAGAGGAUCUAGUUCCGGCAAUGGACAACAAUCCAGCUUUUUCAGCAGCCAAAGUGGAUCCAGUUUCCCAAGUACUCAGCAGGGCUCCAGUUUCUUCAGUAGUCAACGAGGAUCUGGGGUCUCCAAUAGACAACGUGGUACCAGUUUCCCCAACACUCCGCAGAGUUCUAGCUUCUCCAGCAGUCAGCAAGACUCCAACGUCUUUAGCAGUCAAAGAGGAUCAAAUUUCCCAAACACCCAAAGAAGUUCCACCUUCUCCAGUGGGCAAAGCAACAAUGCAAAUCAGUUCUCCAGCCAAAACAACAGGCAGACACAGUAUUCCAGCAAUAACAAUGCUGGCCGAGUUCAAUACAGUUUUAACAAUUACCGUUUCUCAAAUCCCAACCUCGUGGAUGUGAAGAGAGUUGAACUUCCAGCCAGCCGUGGAUCAUCUGGCUUCCAGGCUAACCGUGGAAGCUCCAGUUUUCAGUCCAGCCAGAACAGAGGAAGUUCCUUCCAGUCUGGCCAGAACAGAGGAAGUUCCUUCCAGUCUGGCCAGAACAGAGGAAGUUCCUUCCAGUCUAGCCAGAACAGAGGAAUUGCUCCUUUCCAGUCAAGCCAGAAUAGAGGCAGUUCUGCUUUUCAAUCCAGCCAAAAUAGGGGAAGUUCUGCUUUCCAGUCUAAUCAGAACAGAGGAAGCUCUGGAAGUACCUUCCAGUCUAGCCAAAAUAAAGUCUUCCAGUCCAACCAGAAACAAGGAAAUUCUAAUAUUCAGGUGAAUCAGAAUCAGCGACGACCUUCUUUCCAGGUCAGCCAGGGAGUUUCUUCUCUCCAGUCCAGCCAGAAUCAGGGAACUUCAAUCUCCCAGUCUGGGCAGAGCCAAGGCAGUUUUGGUACCAGCUCUAGGUUCCAGAACCUUGGAUCAACCACUUUCCAAAACCAGAACCAGAACCUUGGGUCUACCACUUUCCAGAACCAAAACCAGAACCUUGAAUCAACCACUUUCCAAAACCAGAACCAGAACCUUGGGUCUACCACUUUCCAGAACCAGAACCAGAACCUUGGGUCUACCACUUUCCAGAACCAGAACCAGAACCUUGGUUCUACCACUUUCCAGAACCAGAACCAGAACCUUGGAUCAACCACUUUCCAAAACCAGAACCAGAACCUUGGGUCUACCACUUUCCAGAACCAGAACCUCGGAUCUACCACUUUCCAGGGUAACCAGGACUUGACUUCUACCGCUUUCCGGAAUGCACAGAACUUCGGUUCCUCCAGUUUCCAGAACAGUCAGAAUCAAGGCUCUACCAGCUUCCAAAACAACCAGAACUUUGAUUCUUCCAGCUUCCAAAAUAAUCAGAAUCUUGGAACUAACAGUUUCCAAAACAAGGCAAGCUUCGGCUCAUCCAAUCUCCAGAACAGUCAAAACACCGGAAGCACCACUUUCCAGGGCAACCAGAACGCUUUCCAAAUCACCGGAGAGCAAAGGCAGCAGCAGAAUUUCCAGAACCAAGGCAUCUCUUCUUUCACUACCAGUCUAGACCAAGGUGGAUCGAAUUUCCAGUCAAACAACCAGUUCCAGACUUCCCAGAUGAGGGAAAUCGCCGGGCACAUCGAGACCGAAGGUGGAGACAGAAUUCUGGGCGUCUUCAAGGCGUUCUUUGUUCCCGUUUCCUCCAGUCUUGCCGAGGGACAGAUUUCCUCUACAUUCACUUGCUCUUCUUUCGGCCAAGGAUAUUACGCAGAUCUUGACAGCAACUGCCAAAUGUUCCACGUGUGUACUCCUGUUCAGGCAAAUGAUGGAACAGCCACUCAGUACCGCUUCACGUUCCGCUGCGGCGAGGGCGAGCGCUUCGACCAGAGCUCCUUCAGCUGCCGGCGCGAAACCUCCCCUGCCUCUUGCUCUUCCUCCUCCGCCUUCUUCAGGAGCAGCAGCCAGGAGACUCAGGGACUCUUCUCUAGGUUCGCUUUCCCCUCUGCCUCCUCCUCUCCUUCUUCUUCUUCCUCCUUCUCUUCUUCCUCCUCCUCCUUCUCUUCAUCUCCCUCCGGUUCCCAGACCUCUCCCCUCUUCGACCACAACAGCGUGUGUUACUUCGCGAACAAUGGCGUUGUUACUGGAGUCCGCAAGUAGGCUCGGAAACCAAAACGAAACAUUAAGACAACACCACCAAGAAAGUCUGAGGAAUUGAAGAACCUUUUCCCUCACAACAGACAAACAAACAAACAACAAAAAAUCAACAAAAAAUAUUCACCUUACAACAACGACGACCAAACGGGUAGCGACGACUUGGGAGACAGAGAAGUAAAGACAAGACGGUUCUUGGAAGAAAAAUCACUACGACCUGAGACGAAGUAGAACGACCUGCCUGUGUUACCAGCCCCUGGCGUGACGUCACGGCGCAACACAACUGAUUUUGCCAAUAAAAAGUGCAUCAGAUA